AUGGACUCGGAUUGCGACGAGAAUCUUCUGGACGAAGCACCUCAGAUGCUAGAGGUCUGUCAGACAGCUCAUGAUUUGGUUGUGCGCCUCUUUCCACCGACAGAUCCCGACACAUGUCAUACAAUCUAUCUUCACGACCUCAAUCAGAACAAUGUAAUCCUAGAUCCAAUCAGCCAUGACAUCAUUGCUGUCAUUGACUGGGAGAUGAUCUGCGUGCUCCCCAACUGGGCUUCAUUCUUCUACCCCAAGAUGUUUCUCGACGUGGACCCAAUCACCGAAGAGGAACCGCCUAUACCGGUAGAUUACAAUGGUGAAAAUGAUUAUACUAUCAUCCGCCGGGACAGAUGGGAUGCACGGAUCCUUGGGAGAGCUUUUGAUACCUACAUUGAGACUGUUUGCAAAGAGAAGAGCGACACUACUUGUAAGAAUCGCUUUGAAGAGAAGAGAACACUUGAGGCUGCCAUAGAAGGUCUGACAGAUAACUGGGAGGGUGCGCGAGCAAAGCUAGAAGACCUACAAGCUCUAGCUGGAACAGGAAGUGGUUGA